AUGGAAAACUUAGACCCGUUACUUAGCGAGCUGUGCUCAAUAUGCCAUCUCAAUCCUCCGAAAUAUCGCUGUCCGCGCUGCUUCAUCCGCACCUGCUCUCUCCCCUGCACAAGGCGUCAUAAACUUUGGUCUGAAUGUUCAGGUGUUCGCGAUCCGGCUGCUUUUGUCAGGCGCAAUGACCUCGCGACAGAGUCUGCAUUCGAUCGCGAUUUUAACUUCAUUACAGGCAUCGAGCGUUCGUUAGAAAGAGCCGGGAGAGAUGCUGAGAAUCGAGGCAUCGACAUUGAACGUGCAAGAAAUAUUGAACCAGACGAAAUUAGCGAGGUUCCGGAAACACGAGUUCUGGGGGCUGGGAGCAAGAGGAAGCGCCCAGGCCAGGGUCUCAUGAAAGGCGAAGCUAGUUUUUCGCGUGCCCUAGAAGCCGGCGCAGUGAGAGUUUUCAAGGCGCCAAAUGGAAUGACCAGAAAUAUCCAGAAUAAAUCACGGUGGAACUCGAAGCAAAAAUGCAUCAUAUGGACAGUGGAAUGGAUCACCACAGACGGCCAAAAAAGCAUUGGGUCUUGUUGGGAGAAACUCUCGAUCGCUGAUAAUUAUGACCGCGUUCCUCUACCUCAGCCACCAAAAAAAACCUUACCCAAUUCAGAGCAAACAACGGACAAAAGCGAGGAGUCGGAAAGUGCUUCUACCGAAUCAGUUUCAAUACAAAAUCCCACCACAACAACUAUUGAGGCACCAGCAGACGACGUCAAAGAGACCACAGAAGCAGAUACAAAAGAAAACAAGCCACUAGAACUUCCGAUUACUCCACACCGUGGAUUAUACUUUUACCUUCAUCGCCCACGCACUACAACGAAGGAGCCAGUUCUCAUUCCCCUACCGCCAUCAGCAACAAUAGGGUCCGCUCUACGUGAGCGGACAGUUUUGGAAUUUCCUACGAUAUAUGCACUAGACCCUACAGAGACCGACAUGUCACAGUUCCUUUUGGAGGAAGAUUACUUACGAACUAUUGGGCCCGAGGCUGAAGAUAAAUUUACCGAUCCCGAUGACGAUAACGGCCAUGAAACUCUGGAUAUUUCAGGAUCAGCCGUUAACUUGCAAAAUGUGGAUGAAAACAAGAUAUUGGAAGUACUCAAGCAGGACCUUUUGAAGCCAGCGGUCUAG